CUGGGGAGACCGGAUAUAGUGAAUGCAGGGUCCGGGGAGACCGGAUAUAGUGAAUGCAGGGUCCGGGGAGACCGGAUAUAGUGAAUGCAGGGUCCGGGGAGACCAGAUAUAGUGAAUGCAGGGGUCCGGGGAGACCAGAUAUAGUGAAUGCAGGGUCCGGGGAGACCAGAUAUAGUGAAUGCAGGGUCCGGGGAGACCGGAUAUAGUGAAUGCAGGGUCCAGGGAGACCGGAUAUAGUGAAUGCAGGGUCCGGGGAGACCGGAUAUAGUGAAUGCAGGGUCAGG